AUGAAAGGUUCACUUUAUACCACAAUUGAACUCUUUUUUUUUUUUUUUCAUUUUGUUCAAGAUCUACAUGUUACAGUUUCCACGUCUUCAUAUUACUUUGGCUGGCACUUGACCAUUUUAAGGUACGAUGUCACGCUUGGGACAAAUACUUCUGGAGCUUUGCACGUGCUCAACUUCUCCAAGAAAUGUGCCAAAAUCAAGUUGCUUGUCCAUGUCUCAACUGCAUAUGUUUGUGGGGAAGCGCCGGGGAUUCUAAUGGAGAAGCCGCUGAACUUGGGAAAAGCCGCAAGAGGAAGAAGUAAUGUUGUUGAGGUAUGGAAUGGUGAAAAUGAGCUUGUCGCAAAUCGGCUGCAUCAACUCCAUUCCCAAAAUCUCACCGACAAGGAGAUUACCUCUGCCAUGCAAAAUCUCGGCCUCGAAAGGGCACAUUACUAUGGGUGGCCUAACACCUACACAUUUACAAAAGCAAUGGCGGAGAUGGUUAUGGUGGAGUCCAAAGGAGACCUCCCUCUUGUCAUCAUCAGGCCAACAAUGGUGACGAGUACCCUGAAAGACCCAUUCCCUGGUUGGCUGGAAGGUGUUAGAACGGUGGAUGGAGUACUUGUGAGCUAUGCCAAAGGAAGGCUGAAAUGCCUCGCCCAUAAACCAGAAGUCGUUCUUAAUUUGAUACCAGCUGACAUAGUGGUGAAUGCAAUCAUUGGGGCCAUGGGGAUGGAAUUUGCAGAGCAGCAUUUGGAUCUCAUUUACCAUUUAAGUUCUUCAAUGAAGAACCCUAUAAAGGUAUCAGAUAUUCACGAUUUCAUGUUUACAUUCUUUACUAAACAUCCGUGGAGAGAUCGCCAUGGCAAGGAAGUGCAGGUUGCUAAGCUCACCAAUUUUAGCUCCAUGGCUUGUUUCCAUGUUUACAUGGCCAUUCGUUUUCAACUCCCAUUGAAGAUACUGGGCUUACUGAAUGCAAUUCUCGGCCGCAAAUGGGAAGCAAAUUAUGUUGCUCUCCAUCGAAAAUUCAAAUCAGGAAUGCAAGUGAUCGAUCUUUACAAACCCUAUUUAUUUUUCGAGGGAAUUUUCGAUGACACGAACUUGGAGGACUUGCGAAAAAGGGUCAGUGAAUUAGGGUUUUGUGAGAAUGGGGAUCAACUCAACAUGAAUACGAGGAGCAUCAAUUGGGAAGACUACAUCAUGGAUGUUCACAUUCCUGGCCUUGUUCAAUUCGCCAUGAAAUGA